AUGGAGGAGAAGACGUAUCCUCAGUAUGACGACCUUAGUUAUGAUGACCUAACGACAGCUUUUAGUAGGUUAGAUACAAGGGUGAAGGGAGAGGCUAUAUAUGGUGAUGACCCUAUAGUGAUAACCAAUCUUAAAAGUGAACUGGACUAUGUAAGGAAUCUCGUGGAGAGACGUGCAAUAGAAGAAACAACUUUCACGGAAGGAAAUGAUGGUACAGUGAACAUCUCAGGUCCAUCGGGAAGCACAACCGUCCCAGAAGUCAACUUCGUGGAAGACCCAAACAAUGUACUUCCUGAUGUGCUAGAUGCAUUCAACGAAUCAUUUGACGCUGACUGGGAUGAAAUAGAAGCCCGCCUAGAGAAACUAAAUAAGAUUUCAACAGCAAAUAAAAAGAGAGAUUUUGAAAACCAGGUGGAGCGUGUUCAAGCUGUUGCAAGAGUUAUCAAGAGUAAGGAGGGACUAAUACUAGACCCUAAGAAUAGAUACGUCAGGGAACUCAUCAAACGAUCAUCUGUAAGAACACUCAAGGAUGGCACAGAGGUGUUGGUAUUUAGAAGUGAACAAGGUAUUGACAAAAGUGGCACACAAAUAAUGAAACGUGGUAAGACCAAGAUUCCCGUGUACUCAAAGGACUCACCUGCUUUGAGAGAAUAUAAGGACCUUCUAAAGAAAAUAAAAGAGGUACCUAUGGAUCCUGACAAUAUAAUUGGAAGUGAUGAGGAAACCAGAGAAAUGCCACAAUUUGAUGAAAGAAGUGAGGAAUACGCUAACCGUGAGAACAUUGAGUUAAUAGACAUAGGUGCAAAAUUAGGGGAUCUUCCAGGGCUAACAAUGCAAGAAAACAAUGAACUGAGGGGUGUUCUUAACCCACCUGAUGGAUCAAGCAUAGAAGGCAGAACAGGUCCCAACGGAGCGUUACAAGUUCAGGCUGACUACUUUAAUGAAGCCAUUAAUGAAACCGUGAAACGAGCCGCCUCUGUGGAAGGUACAACUCAGUACAAUGCUCUUAUAGAAAUAAUUGAUAGUCUAAAGGAAGCUAGGGAUAGGACACUAGAGCAGAGAGUAGUAGAGGAAGCAAGAGAGGCACAGUUGGAAGAUAUUUCUAGAUUACGUAGAUUUAUUAAAUGGUUAGGGUACAAUGCUCUUAUAGAAAUAAUUGAUAGUCUAAAGGAAGCUAGGGAUAGGACACUAGAGCAGAGAGUAGUAGAGGAAGCAAGAGAGGCACAGUUGGAAGAUAUUUCUAGAUUACGUAGAUUUAUUAAAUGGUUAGGGGAGGAAAAAGUGGGUCUAGCUGGAAUAGCAAUAUCAACAGCUAGUUUAAUUACAGCCUUAUUAAUCCAUGCUAGGGGAGCCAUUGUGAAGACAGCAAAGGCCACUGGUAAAGUAGCAAAAGCAUUAGCAAAUUUAGCAAAGAAAGCAGGACCAAUUCUAGUUCCAAUCCUGAACGCAAUUGCAACAGCGCUGUCGUGGGGAGCAAAAGGAGUUGCCUGGUUAGCGUCACACUUAUGGGUAUUAGCUAUAGCUGCAGCCUUAAUGGUAUACAACUAUUACACAAAGUAAAUUAACAAUGGAGGAAUACGAUAACCGGAGAACGGAGGAGUUGAAUGAAAAGUAUCCGAACUACGAAAAAACUCCAGAUAGCGAAUUACCGUACCUUGAUAAUGAUCUUAGGGAAAGUGAAACUCCUGAGGAGACCCAGGAAAUUAAUUACGUACAGGACCUUACGCGAGAGCAAUUAGCUGAGAAAUUCCCUGACCUAUCUAAUCUGUCAUACGAUGAUCUAAUGGAUGAGGAGACAGACUGUUAA